AUGCAAGCCGCCGCGCAGGCGCGGACAGCGGCGCAGCAGCCGCCGCCGGCGCAGCCACCUCCCUCGCAGCGCGAAGCGUCCCCGGCAGUACACGCGUGGCCGUACCAGCCGUCUCUGCCACAGCAGCACCAGCCGCCGCCACCGCAGCAGCACUUGCCUCGGAUGUACCCUCCUCCCCAGCAGCACCAGCCGCCUCCGCAGCAGCAGUACGCCCCUCCGCCGCAGUACGCCCCUCCGCCGCAGCAGUACGCUCCUGCGUCCGCCCCCUUCCGCACGUUCCUGACGACGCCCUUCGCGCAGAAGGACGACUGCAAGGCGAUGGGUGGGCGGUGGGACCCGGAGCGGAGGGCGUGGUAUGUGCCGGCCGGCCUCGUUCUCACGCCCUUCCUGCAGCGGUGGGGCCAGCGGCACGACCUCAACGCGCAGCGGGUGCCGUGA